UGCACCCAACGAGAAACGCCUGCCUCUUUUUGGUCGUGUUUUCCUGCCAAAGUUUCCUCCGGGAUGUAACAUUACUCAAAAUAACAUACCAGAACUGAAAGAUACGGUGAUGGAGGCCAAGCUCACCCCUUUACUACCAAACCCUAUGAAACAUGCGUCCUACUUUUGCAAGUACUUCAGUUAUAGCUGGCUUAACAAACUUUUUCAAAAUGGUAACAAGCGUCCACUCAGAAAUGAGGACUUGUAUGAGGCUAUGGAAAAAGAUGAGUCCAAACGCCUGACGGAUAAGCUAGAAAGACUUUGGAAAGAGGAAAAAGAAGCUGCAAAAUCAAGCAAGCGGAAACCAAGCCUCUCAAGAUCAUUUGUCAGAUUCCUAGGAACUCAUUUUAUGCUUAUUGGAUUAUUUGCUGUUGCAGAGGAAGGAAUGCGUAUAACACAGCCAUAUUUUAUUGGCAAGCUUGUGAGCUACUUCGUGCCAGGGUCCACCACAACUAAGCAGGAAGCCUACAUUUACGCUGCCAUUAUGAGUAUCUUUAGCUGUGUCAUGGCGAUGGUUCAUCAUCCAUUAUUCUUUCAGACAUUCAGAUGUGGGUUUCAUCUACGAAUUGCAUGCUCCACCAUGGUUUACAGAAAGGCGAUGCGUUUGAGUCAUUCUGCAUACUCUACUGUCACAACUGGACAUAUCAUCAACCUUCUGACUAGCGAUGUCCAAAUUUUAGAAAGGGUAGCGGUAUUUCUCCAUCACCUUUGGAUAGCACCUGUUCUGUUACUCGUCACUUCUGUCAUUUCCUGGUAUGAGCUUGGUCCUUAUUGUUUACCUGGUGUCAUAGUAGUUGUACUGAUUGCCCCAUUGCAGGGAUGGCUAGGAAAGAAGUUUGCUGUCAUAAGAAAUAAGACAGCACUUCAGACAGACAAGAGGUUUCGUAUCAUGAACGAGGUCAUAUCCGGCAUGAGGGUGAUCAAGAUGUACACAUGGGAACGACCCUUUGCCAAUCUUGUCGCUGAUGUGCGAAGUCAGGAAGUCAGCAUCAUCCGAAAAGCCGCGUAUUUACGUUCAGUGAACGCCGUCAUUUACGCCAUGUGCAUUCCUGUGAUUGGCUUUGCCAUGUUUGCGCCGUAUGUUCUCACUGGGCAUGCACUAUCGCCGGAGAAAGUCUUUACUGUGAUCGCUCUUUUCUAUUCCAUCCGGGUAUCCCUGACUAUAUUUUUACCAGAGUGCAUCCGGGGUUUAAAGGAGAGCAAAGUAUCGGCUAAACGUCUGCAGAGUUUCCUUUUGAGGGACGAGAAGCACAGUAUGAAGGGCGUUCGUACCCUGACUGAACUCAAGGAAGGAGAGACGGCUAGUGUCAAAGCAAAUAACUUCUCUGCCAGAUGGAAUGACAUGAUAUCAACUCCAACCCUACAGGGCAUCAACUUUGAGCUCAAACCAAGCGACCUUCUUAUGGUGGUUGGCCCAGUAGGCGCUGGAAAGUCCUCACUCCUGAUGUGCCUCCUUGGCGAGCUGCCGCUGACCAGUGGAUAUAUCAGUGUGGAAGGCCGUGUCAGUUAUGCAUCCCAGCAGGCUUGGAUAUUUUCUGGAAGUGUCCGGGAAAACAUACUUUUCGGAAAGGAAUAUGAAGAGGCGAAGUACUGGCGUGUUAUCAAGGCUUGUGCAAUGGAAAGGGACAUGAGGUUGUUUCCUAACGGUGACGAGACACUUGUUGGAGAGAAAGGUGUUGCGCUAAGUGGUGGACAAAAAGCAAGAAUCAACCUCGCAAGGGCCGUCUAUUAUGAUGCGGACAUUGUGUUAUUGGAUGACCCUCUUAGUGCCGUGGACACCCAUGUAGGACGACAACUCUUUGAUGAGUGCGUUUGUGGUCUUCUAAAAGAUCGCAUCUGUGUGCUGGUCACGCAUCAACUGCAGCACCUCAAGGGAGCUACCGACAUCAUCUGUUUGCAAGACGGUCGUUGUGUAGGACAAGGUAGCUACGCCGAGCUGUCAGAAGCCGGCCUUGACGUCAUGUCCCUCGUAUCUGCCCUGUCAGCUGGUGACCAUGACAACAUCAUAAGCCCUGACAUGAUAAACGUUCCGCCCAGUUCUCUAGAGAAGCCACUCGCUAAUGGUUCCACGCGCCCUGGUUAUCAGAAAAUAAGUGGUAAUGUGGAUGAUGCCGUCGGCGACGAUUGUGAUGAGGUGUUGGGUAAAAGGGGCCUGGCUGACCUUGCUAGGGAGCUCUCCGUACAGUCAUUGGCAAAGCCUGAAGGUGAGGUUCUGGCUCGCGAACCGAGCAAGGAGGGACAACACACGGGCACUGUGACGUGGCAGGUCUACAUUGAAUACUUUAAGGCUGGAGCCUCACCAUGUGUUCGCUCCCUUAUUGUAAUGUUGCUCUUCGGAUCUCAGGCGGUUGUCAUGGUUGGAGAAUGGUGGCUGGCAAAAUGGGCAGACAGUGAAAAGGAAAAAUCAUACCUCAUCGAAUCCUACCGCGGCACAAAUUCCACUCCGCCUCCCCCUGCGGAUCUGACCACUCAUGAAUACAUAUACAUAUACUGCGGUAUGAUAUGCGCCGGAAUGGUAACGAGUCUCGUCUGUGCAAUGAUGCUCUAUAACUUCUUCGUGACUGCGUCACAACAUCUCCAUGACAACAUGUUCUCACGUGUUCUUAGAGCACCUAUAUACUUCUUCGACACAAACCCAGUCGGUCGAGUUGUAAACAGGUUCGCUAAAGACAUCAAUCAAAUGGAUGACGUAUUGCCGGCCGCUUUUUACGACUUUCUUAGGUUGAGUAUACUGACGUUCGCGAUUCUGCUGCUGAAUGUAGCGAGCAUGCCGUUUCUUCUGGUGGGAGCGAUUCCCAUGACUGUGCUCUUCGGUUACAUCAGAAAUUACUACUUGAGAACAUCAAGAGAAGUCAAACGUCUAGAAGCCAUAAACCGCAGUCCAGUGUACUCUCACUUGUCCACGAGUCUCACGGGUCUGAUCACCAUCCGGGCCUUCCAAGCGGAGCAGGCGUUCAUCCGCUCCUACCACGCCUACACGGACUUCCACACCGGGUCAUACUUCCUGUUCCACACCACGCAAAGAUGGCUAGGCUUCAGGCUGGAUAUCAUCUGCGCUUCCUUCUUCACACUCGCCACCUUUACUAGCUUGUUUAUAGUAGAGGGCGGACUCACAAUCAGCGCUAGUGUGGUUGGUCUGUGUUUGACCUACGCCACGCAACUGACCGGAAUGUUCCAGUGGUGCAUAAGGCAGAGUGCGGAGGUCGAGAACAACAUGACGUCAGUGGAGCGUGUUAUCGAGUACUCGCAGAUCGACCAAGAAGUCGAGCCCAGUAAGCCGCUGACCGCCCCAGAUGACUGGCCGCACGCGGGCACAAUUACGGCAGAGAGUCUGUACUACUCCUAUCACCAGUCCCUCCCACACGUCCUCAAAAAUGUGAAAUUUUCAAUUAGAAACAAUGAAAAGGUUGGGAUCGUUGGUCGUACCGGCGCCGGGAAGUCCUCGCUUCUCGCAGUGCUAUUCCGACUCAACAACCCCGAGGGACUGGUGCGAAUAGAUGGCCUGCCAAUCACGGACCUCAAGCUACAGGAUCUGAGGAGCGCCAUAUCCAUCAUACCACAGGACCCGGUGUUGUUCAGUGGUACCCUCCGCAAGAACUUGGAUCCAUUUACACAGUUCUCGGAUGACGCUCUAUGGAACGCUCUUGAGGAGGUCCAGUUGAAGGAAGCGGUAGAUGAACUUCCAGAUGGUAUCGAAACAGAGCUUGCAGAAGGAGGCUCAAACUUCAGCGUGGGUCAGCGGCAACUUGUGUGCUUAGCACGCGCAAUACUUAGCCAUAAUAAGAUUCUGGUCAUAGAUGAAGCGACUGCAAACGUCGAUCACAGCACGGACAGCCUUAUCCAGGAGACGAUUCGCAACAAGUUCCAUGACUGCACCGUGUUGACGAUCGCUCACCGACUCAACACCGUCAUGGACUCGGACAGUGUCAUGGUCCUGGACGCGGGUCGCCUGGUGGAGUUUGAUGAGCCAUACGUGCUUCUCCUAAACUCGCAAGGAUUCUUCUCACAACUCGUGGAACAAACCGGCGAGAAAACAGCAGCCAAUCUGCGAGAGUCCGCACGACAGGCCUACGAACUAAGGCACGACAACGAUGCCGAAGAUACGAACGGUGUUCGACCGGAUGACGAGCCCUUGCACGACGACGAACAAGAUCCAAACGUCGCAGGUCAAGAACGCGGAGGGAGGACAAAUGAUGAAGAGGACGACACGAGCGUGGACCGACAGGAUGGUGAGCCCGGUACUAAUGUACAAGACACAAAAAGCGCCCGACAAGUUAGCGGUCCCGGCGAGGAAGAGUCGAACGGCACCCGAAAAGUUGGCGACCCCGGAAACAAACAAGACACGAGCGGUGUCCGACAGGAAAACGGAAGGGACGUUGAUAUGUCAACGAAUGAAACUCCAGGUCUUGACACUGUACCGGAAGUGCAGGUCGUUUGCCCGCCUACGUCUGUCAAUCAAGAUUACACGGAUACGCCUAGUAAUGUUAACGAUGGAGCGCCUUUGUUAGAAGGCAAUAAAAUCCCGAAUGAGAAUAAUGUUGCGUAUGCUGAAGAGGAUGAUGAGCUCCUAGCAUGGGGAGGACUUAACAUGGAAACCACACCAUUUAUAGAUAGCAAAUAAAUCAGUCCCGGAUGUCACUGAUACCCGGAUAAGUAAUUCAGCUAGCCAGGCGAAAACUAGAGCUUAACUUAAAUUGUAGUUUUUCUGUCCAGGAUGCCUUUGUUGUUAUUUUGUUUCUUCAGUUACCCCCCCCAAAAAAAUGAAGCGUUUUGAUGAAAAAAGCCAUGUGAGUAUACGAAAGUAUAGACCUAUUUCAAAUAAGGUUACACUAGGAGAAUCUGUGUAUCGUAACCCGCAGUGCUUUGUGGGUAUCAAGUAAAUAAGCAAAUAAGAGUAAACAAAAUACAAAUCCAGGUUUCAAAAAACUGUAGAACUCUUGUUUAAAUUUGGUAUGAACAUUCACCUAGCUUUCAAAUAAAAGGAUUCAGCCGUUUAUACGCUACCCAUGAACCACCGCGGGUUACGACACAUGAAUAAUUAGCUAGGUGUCUUACGCAAAGACGUAUUUAUUUCUUAUUUAAUUUAUAGAUUGAUUUUCAAACAGACGAGUAUAUCCAAAGUAUAAGAAUUAUGUUGUUUUUGAGAAACUAUUUAUUUUAUAAGAUUUGAAAAUCGUCCUAGCAAAUAAAAAGUAAAUAAUUUAAGAAAA